AUGCUGAAAUAACUGAAGAGAUGUGGUUUCAGGUCUAAGUCACUUCCAAGAACGAUUCCUUUGCUAGUUCAUAAGUUCAUUAGCACUCGAGGACGAUACAUCAGAAGAAAUGCCAUCAAGGCAUGUGCAUUCGGACCUUUUGAAACUCCAAAAACUAUUUCCCGUCGAAAGUCAUGCGAGGGAGAGGUCUUUGGAUACUUUAAAUCGAGUAAGGAGUGGAUGCAGUUGGUCAAAAUUGAUCAUCCUCAACAUCGCAAUUAGAAUCUGGCCAGGAUUGUAUUUUUGAGACUCAAGCGUGGGAAUUCACAAAGUCAGUCAAAGCGCGUUCUUUCUUUAAAAUAGUGUACCAAUAGAUAUCUUAUGAUUAGGCUUCAAAGACUAAGUAAAUUUGCUACGCAUAUUAUCAACAUUUAAACCAAAAGUAACUGUUUAAUAAGUUGAUUUGGUCAAUCAGCCGAAGAAAAUUAAUAUGCCACCUUUACCAUCUCCCAAGGCUAAAGUGCAUACCAAAUUAUUCCAAUUCAAUAAAUCGAUUACAAUUGAUCAACCUCUCUUUCCAAAGAAGAUGCAUAGAAAUUGGAGUCAGUUGGAGAUGCUGUCACCUUAAAAGACAACAACUUAACCGGCAUCCAAUUAUGCAAGUCCAAGGAAAUUCAAAAAAUCAAUAAUGAACAUAUACGGAAUUUCAAAUACCAUGCAUCUCUUAAAGUACUGA